CGACCCGAAAUGACAGCAUCAAACACAUACAAAAAGUCCGACAGGGAGAAAAACCCGGAACCCCAACAGCCGGGUUAUACGAUCACCCCCGAAACCACGGACCAGUCAGUCAGGUCCACUGCCGCCAUGCCCACUUACGCAGCUGGCCAGGAUGUGGGAAACGUUGGCAGCAGUCGCAGCAAAUCCGAUCUCAAGUUCCAGUCGUACGUGAAUGGCAACGGCAAUGGGGUGUACAAGAUCAUCAAGACCCUGGGCAAGGGCAAUUUCGCCAAGGUCAAGCUGGCGAUCCACGUGCCCACCGGUCGGGAGGUGGCCAUCAAGGUGAUCGACAAGACUCAACUGAACACAGGCAACAUGGAGAGGCUCUAUCGAGAGGUGGAUAUCAUGAAGCAGCUGAACCACCCGAACAUAGUGCGCCUCUUCCACGUAAUUGAGUCGGAAAGGACGCUCUAUCUGGUGAUGGAGUACGCCAGUCGGGGCGAGCUGUUCGAUCACCUGGUCAAGAAGGGAAGGCUGCAGGAGGCGGAUGCCCGGGUGUUCUUCCGGCAGUUGGUGUCCGCCAUCCAGUACUGCCACAGCAAGCGUAUCGUGCACCGCGACCUGAAGGCGGAGAACCUGCUGCUGGACCAGGACAUGAACAUAAAGAUCGCCGACUUUGGCUUCAGCAACCACUUCGAACCGAAUGCCCAGCUAGAGACGUUCUGCGGAAGUCCACCCUAUGCUGCGCCCGAACUCUUCAAGGGCAGAAAGUACUGCGGUCCGGAGGUGGACUCGUGGUCACUGGGAGUAGUGCUGUACGCCCUGGUCAGUGGUACCUUACCCUUCGAUGGCGCUACUCUGAACGAGCUGCGGGUUCGCGUUCUGCGUGGCAAGUAUCGUGUGCCCUACUACAUUUCCCUGGACUGCGAGAACCUGAUUAAGAAGUUCUUGGUUUCGACUCCAUCCAAGCGUACCACCCUGUUGGCAGUCAUGUCGGACAAGUGGAUUAAUCUGGAUCACAAGGAGUGCGACAGACUACGGCCGUUUGAGGAGAAACCCAUGGAGCUGCAGGAUGCCGCCCGUCUCGACUUGUUGGUAGGCAUGGGCCACCAGCUUCGGGAUGUGGAGCAGUCGUUGAAGGGGCAGCAGUUCGACGACAUAUACUGCACCUACAUGCUCUUGGGCGUGCCCAAACCGCGCUCUUCCGACCGCAACAUGACAUCACUGGCUUCUACGACCUUUACCCCAGUCAGCAGUCGGAUUACUACUCCCACAGUUACCACAGCUCAAGCAAAGCUCCCUCUGGACAGCAAUCUCAUAGCUGCCCGUUUGACAAGUGCCCUCAUCUCGCCCUUGUACAUGCCUUCUUCGGGUCAGCCGGCCAAGUUCAUCCCUUCAAACCCAACAGCCCAAGGACGUUCCGAAGCUUCGAGUCGGCUAACGGCGCGGCCCAAAAGAGAAGCUAGUGCCUUCAUGAAAGUGAAGCCCACGCUACUGAGUGCCCAGCGACGUUUGGCCCAAGUCCAGAAGCUGGCGAGCUCCCAACAACGCAUCCAAGACACCGGAACACAUACUGCCGUCAAACAACCGCAAACAACCGGAAGACCCUCGAUCCUUUACGAGAAGGCAGCAUCUCCUGCUAUGGGUCUCAAGUCCCCAACGACCCCAACGAAAUCUGCUGAAGUCAAAAAACCGGGAUUCUUCUCCAAAUUGUCCGAACGCUUUGGUCGAAGGGCGACGUACGAUGUCACUGGACAGAGCAAGAACUUCAUUAAAUAGAGAAAACAAUGCAAGUGAUACAGCUGACAUUGGCCGAACCAACUAUUGACCAACUAAUAGUUGGUAUUUUAAAUGAAAACGACUCAAAUUUAGUAUGACAAAUAAAUGUUGAUUUAAUUAA